UCAGGUCAGGCUGUUCAGAGUUGACGGUUUUUUUUACAGGUGUCCACGUCUGAGCGCUUCUCUGUGCUGUUUUUGACAGCACGUAAAGUCAUAAAAGACCACCAGCUCGCUCUCUACCAGGAUGUCCUUGCUGGACUCGGACGACAGCUACGAUUUGGUCUUCAAAAUAGUUUUAGUCGGGGAUGUCGGAGUGGGUAAAACCUGCGUGGUUCAGCGCUUUAAGACUGGCACCUUCAUCGAGAGGCAAGGCAACACGAUCGGAGUGGAUUUCACCAUGAAGACGAUGGAAAUACAAGGCAAGAGAGUCAAGCUGCAGAUUUGGGACACGGCAGGGCAGGAGAGGUUCCGGACCAUCACCCAGAGCUACUACCGCAGCACCAACGGCGCCAUCAUCACCUACGACAUCACCAAGAGGUCCUCGUUCAUGUCGGUGCCUAAAUGGAUGGAAGAUGUGAAGAAAUAUGGGGGCUCCAACAUUGUCCCCCUUCUGAUAGGUAACAAAACGGACUUGACUGACCUGCGUGAGGUUUCCUUCGAGGAAGCGCAGACGAUGGCUCAGCAGUUGGACUUUAUUAGUGUCAUUGAAACUUCUGCCAAGGACUCUAGCAACGUGGAUGAAGCAUUUAACAAGAUGACAGCUGAACUGAUCCUGAGACAUGGUGGGCCCAUGUUCCACGAUAACGUGACGGACAGCUUUAAACUGAACAGUAAAGACGUGACCAGUGAGGGCUGGGGCUGCGGCUGUUGAUGUUGAAGUUUUGGUUUCCGGCUGUUCGUGUUGGUAUUAGCAUUGCUAGCAAUAUUCACUUAAAUCUGAACACAGGGUUCCAGUCGUGUGAACCAUUGUUCAGUCAACAAUGAUUGAAAUGACUUGAUCAAGAGUUUUUUCAGGGACCAGUAGAUACAUCAUAUCAGGCCCACAAGUAGCCGUGUUCUUUGAUAGAUGAAUUGACGGGAAGGCUUCACAGUACACAGAGGAACUGGGUAGUUGGUGGUUAGUUUGAUGGGAACAUUGAUGUUCCUACUGUGAUUAUAAUGAGCGAAUUGAUGUGGCUUGGUUAGAUGGGAACCUGCCUAAUUCUCAUCCAUUCAUAAUCUGUGAUAAAGCUUAAAAUAAGCUAGCUUAAUUCACCUGCCAUAUCUUAAUCUUCUAAAAUUACAAUUAGUUCAUUCCACUUGCUGAUUUAAGUACUAUUCAGACAGGAUUCGUUUUUAUGUGGAGGUGAGGUAAUGUGACCAGUGAUUCUCAGUUAUUUUACGCCCCUCCAAAUCCACAAUUUCAGUCAUUUUUAUUAACUGCACACUCCCAGUCAGUGAAUGUAUAUUAAUCCCCAAACUGUAGAAAUGAUCACAGGUUAUAUUAAUCCCAUGUUAUAAAACAAACUUUACAAAUAUCCCCAGGUUUUAUUUAUUUCCUGCUGUAAAACCGGAAGAAGAAAUAAUCCCAGGUUAUAUUAAUCCCGUUUUAUAAAACAAACCACACAAAUAACCCCAGGUUAUAUUAAUCCCCUGCUAUUAAACAGACUGUAGAAAUAACCCCAGGUUAUACUAAUCACGUGUAGAAAUAUCACCAGGUUAUGUCAAUAUAAAAUGAGAAGGAGAAACAAUCCCUGGUUAUAUUAAUCCUGCACUAAUAAGUAGCAUUUAGAAAUAACUCCAGGUUACCCUAAUCCUGUGCUAUAAAAAAAAACAACAGAAAUUAAAUUUCCUCAGGAUAUAUUAAUCCAGUGCUAAAAA